CCCAUCUCUUUUCUUCGCGCCUGUUCCUCCUUCUCUUUUAUGAUUCUUACUGUUCUGCAGUUCUCAUGAUUCUCCCCUUUCCCUACAUGUCAAUCUCAUCCUAAAUAAACAUGGGUGAAGCGGUCUUACCCAGAGAGCAUCUGCUCGUCAUCUACUAUCACAACGUCCCUGAGAGCCUCCCCGGAUACCUCGAGCACAUCUUCCCAGACACGCAGAUCACUAUCUAUCGCUCCGAGCGUGAUGUUCCUGUUCCCAAAGAGCUUUAUCGCCAGGCAACCAUCCUAGCCACCUUCUUCCACGUGCCUGACCCCGAGGACGCAAAGAAUCUGAAGCUAGUUCAUACUACCUCUGCCGGCAUUGACCACCUCCAGCACUUGCCCCUGCUACGGGACACGCAGAUCCCCAUCUCCACCAGCUCCGGGCUCCACGGUCCCCCGAUCGCAGAAUGGACGAUCAUGAACUGGCUGAUUACCUCGCGCGGAUUCCUUAAAACCCAGCAGGCUCAGAAAGAUCAUAUUUGGGAUAGAAAUACUCCCGGCUAUCUGAAUUCCUUGUAUGACCAGGUCGGCAAGCGGGUUGGUAUUCUCGGCUAUGGAAGUAUCGGUAGACAAAUCGCUCGGAUCGCUGUUGCAAUGGGAAUGACCGUCCACGCCUACACAGCCUCCCCGCGCCUGACGCCCGAGUCACGUCGCGAUACAGGCUACAUUGUGCCCGGCACGGGUGAUCCGGACGGCAGUCUGCCUGUCAGCUGGCACCACGGCAGCGAUAAAGAGUCCCUCCACAAGUUUAUUUCCCUGGGACUCGACCAUCUUGUGGUUGCCUUGCCACUCACUCCCCAGACGACUCGCCUGUUGGGUAAGGAGGAAUUCGCCCUGUUGGCCCAGUUUAACAGCAGCACCACUGCCUCUUUGGCCCCCACGGCAAACUCCAAAGCCAAGCCCUUCCUGACCAACAUCUCGCGCGGUCGCGUGCUGGACCAAGACGCCCUAAUCGAAGCCCUGCAGGACGGCACGCUUGGCGGCGCCGCCCUGGACGUUACGGACCCUGAACCCUUGCCCGCUGACUCGAAGCUGUGGGACGCCCCGAACCUGACCAUCAGCCCGCACACAAGCUCGUUGGGGGUGGAAUAUUUCCGCCGCGCCAUGGAUAUUCUUGCUUUGAAUGCCCAGCGGCUGCGCAAGGGUGAGCCUCUGAUCAAUGGGUACAACCGCCAGAGGGGAUACUAGAUCAGUAGUACUCUGACAUAAUACAAUAAUCGUUCAACUACUACUUUGGAGUAUGGACACUCGG